AUGGGCUUUUGUACCGGAGUGUCGAAGUUCGUUCACUACCUUUUCGACCUCACAAUCUUCGUUGUUGGUGCUCUCGUCCUCGCCUUCAGCAUCUAUCUACUAGCCUCUAACUACGAGGGUUUCGUCGAGAAAUGGUGGGUAUGGAUUGCUGUCUUUGCUGGGGCUCUACUUAUGAUUGCUGCUAUCAUCGGUUGCGUCGGUGCUAGUCUGAAGACGAAAUGGGUUUUGUGGGUCUACAGUAUCAUUCCUGCUCUUGUGCUCAUCUUAUUUAUCAUUGCUGCGAUUGGUUCCUCGGUCAACUACUCGUACACUGACCGCCUUGCUGAUAAAAGUGCUAGUGAGCUCAACUCACUCGAUACCGACUCGCACACCUACGAGGUAUAUGAUGGAAUUCGGGAAGUUUAUGGUACGCUAUGGAAUGACCAGAACUGUGAUGUGUCGUGUACUGUCAACAGUCUUGCCUUUGUCGAGUGCGGUGAAGUUACCUGUGAUGACGGCACUGUCGAGGGCUGGAUGGAGGACUGGAUUGAGGAAGCCUCGUCUGGUAUUUCGGGCGCGUCGUUUGGACGCUGUCUCGUGCUGUCCAUCGACGCUGAUGGUAUUGAAGGUAGCGAGUCGGCGGCAACUGGUUGGUGUGCCAGCAAUACAGCAGUCAUCAGUGAUGCCAACGAUUGGACCCUGGGGUUCAUGAUAGUUUUCUGGGUCAUCUCGGUUUUUCUUGUCAUUGUUUUAAUAGCCAACUGUAUUCUUAUCAGUAGUAGGAGGAAACGAUGA